CAUCCACGUAAGCCAAAACCUUCAAUUGUUCUAUCCUCACUAGAUAAGAAAAAAAUCCACACAUAUUUUUCUUCAACUUUCAAUGGACAACAAAACUUAACAAAUACACACUCACAAAACCUAUCAAAAAAACACCACAAAAAACAAUGGCCACAAUUUUCUCAUCAUCACCACCACCCAUUUUCUCCUCCUCCACUACCACCACCACCACCACCACAACAACCACCACAACCACCACCAUAUCAAAACCACUCCUCUCAUUCAAACUCAAACAACCUCUAACCACCACCUUAACAGCAGCAGCAGCUAUAGCCACCAUUCUCACAACAUCACCACCUUCCAUAGCAGCAGAAUCAUCUCCCUACAAUAUCUACUACGGCACAGCAGCAAGUGCAGCAAACUACGGCGGCUACGGCGGUAACUCCAACAAGAAAGACUCAGCAGAAUACAUCUACGACGUUCCAGAAGGUUGGAAGGAACGUUUAAUAUCAAAAGUAGAAAAAGGUACAAAUGGAACAGACAGUGAAUUCUACAAUCCAAAGAAGAGAACAGAGAAAGAAUAUCUAACUUUCCUUUCUGGGUUUCGUCAGUUAGCACCAAAAGAUGCUGUUUUGAACAACUUAGCACUUUCUGAUGUGAAUUUGCAAGAUAUUAUUAGUGGUGCUGAUAAUGUGAGUUCUGAAGAAGUGAAAGAUGAAAAUGGUCAAGUUUAUUAUGUUUAUGAGAUUGAUGGUGUUGCUUAUCAUAGCUUGAUUUCUGUUACUUGUGCUAAUAAUAAGCUUUAUGCUCAUUUUGUUAAUGCUCCUACUCCUGAGUGGAAUAAAGAUAAGGAUCUUCUCACUCAUGUUCAUAAGUCUUUUAAGACUAUUGUAUAAUUUUAGUUUGCUAUGUGUUUUUGAUAUAUAAAUAAUAUGGUUUUGUUCAACAAUGGAUGUUCUAUGAUAAUGAGAAUGGUGUCUUGUGAUGGAUUUGAAUUUGAUAUUGAAAUUGAA